GGGGGCGGAGCUUCGGCUCCUUCUCACUUUUCUCCUCGGGGUCGCUUCAGCCGCUAUGAAGUGCGCGAGGGAAAGCAGCGCGUGCGACGCUGGGGAGGGAGCGCAGAAAGCUGAUACACAAGGAGAAAUUGUUAAAGUCAGAAAAAGAGCUUUAGAGAGGUUGACGACGGAAGUGAUGCAGUUGCAUGACAUUUUGCCCAAAGUAGUGAAUGGAGAUGUCUUAGAGAGCUUUCAGAGGUUAGAUGCUGCUGAAACAACCAUAGAAAGAAAAGAUGUUGAAUUAGAACAGUUGAGAAUGGAUUGUGAACACUAUAAAGCCCGCUUAGAGGCAGCUCAAGCAGAUUGUAUGAAAGAGAGAAAGGAAAAAUUAACAGCUCGACAGCAGUUGAAUGAGGCAAAGCAACAGUUAUUACAACAAGCUGAAUACUGUACAGAAAUGGGUGCUGCAGUGUGCACAUUGUUAUGGAGUGUUUCUAGCAAUGAAGAAACAGUUAAAAAUAUUCUAGGCAGUAGUAAAGCUGUGAAGUUCUUUUAUAUUGCUGGGCAAACCAUGGAAAGUUUUGUAAGAUCCUUAAGUGAAGAUAUCAAACAACAAAAUAUGGAUUCUGAUGAAAGUCAGUUUGUAUUAGGUUUGGCGGGGAUUGUUACAAAUAUUGCUGCUUUAGCAUGCGGCCGUGAAUUCCUGGUUAAUUCAAGUCAAGUGUUGUUGGACACAAUGAUGCAACUUUUAGGAGACAUGAAGCCAGGAUGCUGUACCAAGCUGAAAGUGCUGAUGCUGAUGUCCCUAUACAACGUAAGUAUUAACGUGAAAGGCUUGAAGUACAUCAGUGAAAACUCAGGAUUCUUCCCAUUACUUUGGUGGCUCCUGAAUGAUCCAGAUGCAGAGGUGUGCCUUCAUGUAUUACGACUUCUCCAGUCUGUAAUUUUAGAGCCAGAGGUUUUAACCAAGUUGGCUCCUGGAAUGCGUGAGUCCUUGCCACUUCCACGUAUCCAUAUGCUAUCAAAGAGCCGCAAUGCAGAUCUGAGAAUCCUGGCUCAAGAACUGCUGGAGGACCUUAAAGCUUUAGAGUAUGAAAUAUAAGGUUAUGUUCUUGUCAUUUCUAGAAUGCUAUGUAUGUAUUUAGAAAAGUCUUUUUUGUAAUUAAAUAUGUGUAUGGCCAGUGUGCCUAUGCAGAAAAAAAGUUGCCAUAGGUGUAUUCACCAUUCUUCAAGAUAUCCAUGCUAGCCAUGUACCAAACCCUCACAAAUAAUGACUAUGUAAAGUUCAAUGUUAGUUGAAAUUGAAAACAACUGACUGCCAAAUCUUAUGACUUUUUCUAGUCCAUAUUAAUAUUUUGGAGGGGAGCACAAUCACAUGCUUUUAAAAAAACCUCUUCCUUCUUUAAUCACAGCAGCCUUCCUCCUACACUAAUUAAAUGAGCUUAAGAAUGGGCUCAACAUUUCUGUCUAUGCAAAAAAAUGCUUGUUAAAAGUCUGGGAAAGAAAGAAAAACUGAUACUUGGGAUCAGAGAAUCUAAACAAAAUGCAGUCGUGGUGCUUUUCCUCUGUUGUUGGCUUCCAUCUACACCUUGUACCAUAGCUUCUGCCCAGUUGCUUUCUGUAUUACUCUGGGCAGGUCAGGGCAACAGAAGUGAUGGCAACUAGCAGUGGAUGAAAAACCAUAUUGCCUGUACCACUCUGGGCUUUGUAGUGUGCUUCUGCUACCAUCACCCACCUGGAAUAGCAUGGCUAGAAGUGUUUCUCCACCAUACUAUCCUGCCAAAGUAUUUUUCCCUCAGUGUCUUGUUUGUUCCACCUGCCUCUAUGUGCACUUUCGCAGACAGAGCCUUUGGUACAAAAAGGUACGGGAUCGUCUAACCUCAGUAUGGUUGACUUGAGUAACUUCUAAAAAAUGUUGGUAGCUAAAAAUAAAAUAAAAUGGGUAGCAUUGGUUCUGGUGACCCCUGACUUUUCCCCUGAGCCUGGUGAGUGCUUAUACUGAUUAUCAGCAGGAUAAAAGUUUUUAAAAAACAAGUUAAAUUGUGAGUGACAUUUUAAAAAGGUGAUUGGUUAAAAAGGUAAAGGUUUGUAACUAGGUCUUGAUAGAAUGAGCAGAGAAUGACUCAUUCCCAUCCUAAAGUUAUAGUUGUGGUAAACCUUUCUGUGAUCCAUGAUAAUCCAUUGUAUAAAUUUUAUAAUGGAGAGCAUAUUUUCAGGAGUUUGUUUUCCUGUCUGCUCCCCAAAGUUAACUUUCUACUGAGAACAGUCACAUUUGCAGGUUGCAAACCCAGUAAUGCCAGAAUAGUAUAGAAAUACUACCCUGUUUUGCCUGAUUUUUUCACAACAUUGAAAUGUGAAUUCUCCAAAUAAGAGGAUGAAUAUGAAAGAGAGCUGAUAACCACUCAUUUUAAACCAGUGCCACUCCUUCAUGUGCUUGUUUUAUUUGGUGAAGGUAUACACACAUGGAGAAUAAGGGAAAUCGCAUAACACUAAGCCGUGAGAAAGAAGGUUCGAUAUCAGAAAAAAAAUGUUCCUUUUUUGUCCUAAUGUGGGGAAUCACCUAUAAUGUGCUUCUCUGCAAUAUAUCUUAGCAGAUAUGUAGAGUAGUUUCAUUUCACUGUUCCAGUGUUUCACUUUGUUAAAAGAACCUUCUAUUUGAUUUCAAGUCUUUAGAACUCUUGAAAGAUGCUGCUUUAGAAACUCAAGAAUUAUGAAAGAAGGAAAUUUGAUGCAGCUAUAGUUAUGUUGUGUUUUUGUGUGUUCUAAUGGAAUAUAACAUGUACAGUUCUUGACCUGUGAAAAUGUGCCAUUGUUGCUGUUUGGAUGUUGUUUUGCACAUUUUAACAGUUUUGCUCCACUCCAUCCUGAGUCAACGUGUGUUAUUCUUUCUGCUUCAAUGAUGUCAAAGACAGAAUGGAGUAAAUAAAACUGCAUAUGACGUUGUAUGCAUGUGAUGUUUAUCUGUUAACGUUUUACAUGAUUGAAAGAUAUAAUGCAAAUAAUUUUCUGUGGGAAAUUACAAUAGAAUGCACCAGAAUGGUCACGUUUUGUUAUUGUAUUUGCCUUUUGUUCCUUCAUGUUUUAGUACAUAGGUAGAAAAAGAUCAGAGGAUCACUGGAAAGAAACAUGUGGUUAUAUCAAUACUUAUCUAUAUACCAUUCAGCAUCACAUUAUUCAACUCCAGGGGAAAAUCUCAAUUUCUAGUAUCUAUAUUUUCAAGCUGUAAGCCUUGUGAAUAGCCAACAUGGGAGGCCUAACAUGCAAUAUGGGCCUGUUUCACAUAUGGAUAGGGAGACUUUAUCUUUGCCCCUCACCCAUGAUCUUGAUUCAAAUUGGUGCUCAUACACUGCCUAUUUGAAUGAAGCCAGAACAAACUCCCUUUCAUUCCUGUUUCCAGUCCAGCUGCACCUCUUUGAAGCUAGAGGGGUGUUCGUUGGGAAAGAAGUUGACAGCUCAGAACAAAAAUAUAUGUUAAUUUCAUGUAAUCUAGCCCUGAAUUGUCUGUCAAACGAGUAUUUUCCACACACCCCAUUGCAUGUUAAUUUCAUGUAAUCUAGCCUUGAAAUGUCUAUCAAACCAGUUUUUUUAGGCUACAUAUUGUGUUUAGGUGUCAUUUUAGUUAUUUGGAACAGGUAAAGCUGUUAAAGCUUACAGCUCUGACUUUGAACAGAAAGGAUCGUGCAGGUAGUGUCCUGGUUUAUGUGCCUCUUCUGUGGGAUAGAGGGAUAAACAAGUUAAAUUGUGAGUGACAUUGCACCCCCCCCCCCCAAGGAAUAACUGCCAUUCUGAGCCAGAAUGAAGAAGGGGGCAUGAAGACAUCAUUCCACCAUGUCUCCUGUGUCACUAUAACAAUAUAAUAUAUAAUAAUCAUAUUAUGAUAUACUAAUAAUAUAUAUUGUAUAUGCAUAUAAUAUUAAUAUUAUAAUGUAAUACAAUAUAAUAGUAAUACACUAUUAAAAUGGCAUAUUUAUAUUAUAUGUAAUUUUAAUAAUAUUACAAUAUAGUGUUAUAGUACAAUAUAGUAAUAUAUAAUUCUUAUAUUGUGAUAUACGAAUAAUAUAAUAUAUUGUAUGUAAGCCGCCCUGAGUCCCCUUCGGGGUGAGAAGGGUGGGAUAUAAAUGUUGUGAAUAAAUAAAUAAAUAAAUAAAUAAAUAAAAUAUCAGGUGUGUGGAUGUUCUAAAGUCUGGAAGAACUGUGUACUUGCAAGUAUACCUUUGUGUUAAAUUCUUGUCUUAAAUCCCAAUAAUUCCAAUGGUAUACUGAGUAGCUUGAUGCUCAUGAUUACUAGCCAGAGUCCUUACCUUUUGGGCCCCAUCACUCAACAGACUGCCCCAGUUGCAGUCUAAUAUUCAGACAGAUAGCCAUGCUUGUCUGUUUCAGUACAAAAGGUAUCUUGUAGCAACUUUACUUAUUGGGAUGUCAUGGAUUAAAGGUGAGUUCUUCAGAUGCUUCUAAGUUAGUGGGCUGUGGUCCUUGAAAACUGAAGACUAUAAUAAAUUAGUUUUUAAAAAUUCCCACAAGACACUUUUCUAAGCCAAAAAUGAAGUGGUUUCUUAGUAUAUAGCAGUGAUGCUAUAAUUUUUGAAUGGCAGAAGACCAAAAAGAAUAGACAUUCCACUAUAUUGCUUCCACACAGUGUUUGAGAUCACAGCUGGAUAUUUGCAGUCUGAAGGUCAUCUGAAAAUGAGAGAGCUGUGGAAACAAUCUCUUUAUUCUCAGAAGGAAGAGAACAUCCAGUAAUAUUGCAAGAACGUGCCUAGAAAUACCAUGAUAAAAUUGCUUUAGGCAGCCUGCUUAUAACUUCCUAGGUUCCCGUCCUGUAUAAACAUUUCAAGUUACUGAGCUAAUUGAUUCCUCAAAACACAUGUACCACUAUUCAAUUGGUAUUUUUAAAAUUCUAAAAUAGAUUAAUAAUGGAUGAAUGAAAUUUGGAAUUACAAUUCAACCACUAGGUUUGAUCUUGCUGUCUUGCUAUACAUAUAAAUCCUAAAUGACCCUCUUACAAGAAAAAAGUAUGUUGGCAAGAUCAGUUCUGACCAACCAUGUGCAAGGAUUUCCAAAGUAACGCCAGAGCUGUAGACCAGAACUGACUAACCUUAUCACUUUUGGACCACAGUUCCUACAAUCCUCCAGCUAUCAGGGAUACAUCUACACAGGAGACUUGAUGCAGUUUGACACCACUGCCAUGGCCCACUGCUAUGGAAUUCUGGAAUAUGUAUUUUAAUGAGGCACCAGCAGUCUUUAGCAGAGAAGGCUAAAGAUCUUGUAAAACCACAGCUCCCAUGAUUCCAUGACAUUGAGCCAUGUCAGUUAAAAUUGUGUCAAACUGCAUAUGUUCUAUGCACAUUCACCUUUUGGCCCAGACUUGUGUUUGAUAUACCUGUUUUAACAUUUUAUCUUGUAAGAUUGUCCUUUUCGAUUGUUUUACCGAUAUUGUUGAUUUAUUGUUGUAAAUUUGUGUUUUUGUUUUGAUUUUAUAUUGUGAUGUUGGGCAAGGCCCCAUGUGAGCCGCCCCGAGUCCCUUCGGGGAGAUGGGGCGGGGUACAAGAAUAAAAUUAUUAUUAUUAUUAUUA